GUGCAUACUGCUUAUUCAGUUCAGUUAGUAGCUGCGAGGUGAUGGCAAAGGAGGCUAGCCAGUAGCUAACAGGUUACCAGGUGGUACGUUUCUUGGACUUCACUCAGCUUUAACUGUCCAGGGAAAGACUAACAGCUGGAAACAGCGCUGUCUUCUUUUGUAACACUGUGGUUGCAGCUAAUUCAGCUAACGUCAGCUAGCAAAGCAGCUGCAGACUCUCCUUAAAAAUGGCCACUGUUUCACUCCCUGCAUGUACCAGUGCACUCUUGUUGGAUAUUGAAGGAACAACCACGCCAAUUACAUUUGUGAAGGAUGUAUUGUUUCCAUACAUCAGAGAGCAUCUUGAAGAUUAUUUGUCUUCACACUGGGAAGAAGAUGAGUGCAAGCAAGAUGUCCAUCUCCUAAAAAAACAGAUUGAAGAGGACAUCAGACAGAAUCGCUCAUGUCCCGUCCAUGCUGUGGAUCAAACGGUCCACACAGACGAGGAGAAGGCCAUCAGAGAGGUGGUGGAUAAUGUCCUGUGGCAGAUGGCAGCAGACAGGAAGUCCACAGCACUCAAACAGCUCCAGGGUCACAUGUGGAGAUCUGCUUAUUCUUCAGGAAGAAUCAAAGGCGAGGUCUAUCAGGAUGUAGUUCCAUCCAUCAAAAGAUGGAGAGAAAAAGGACUCAAGGUGUUCAUUUAUUCUUCUGGAAGUGUGGAGGCACAGAAACUUCUGUUUGGAUAUUCUGUUGAAGGAGAUCUUUUAGAUUUAUUAGAUGGCCACUUUGACACCACUAUAGGAGCUAAAGUAGAGAGUAAAAGCUAUGAGAGGAUUGCUGAGAGGAUUGGCUGUCCAGCUGAGGAGAUCACAUUCUUGACAGACGUCACUCGAGAGGCUAAAGCAGCAGAAGAUGCAAGGGUCAACGUGGUGGUGGUGGUCCGACCUGGGAACAUGGAGCUGACAGACGAAGAGAGGGCCCACUAUAACCUCAUCACAUCCUUUAGCCAACUUGAACUAUCGGGACGUGCUUAACAAAGAGAGCAUGGAUUUAAAUAAUCUGUUCUUUCUCUUCUCUUGCCACAAACCCUUCCUCACACCUACCCCACUCCUUUUUCUGAUGUCUUUGUUUAUUCCGAUUUGACCAUUCAGGACGCUGCUGGGACAACAGUCAGCCACCAGGAUGGCUGCUGAAGUUUCUGCCUGUAGGAAAUGUCACUCUCUCGAUGUAAGGAUGCCUUUCACAUCUUGGAAAUAGAUACGCGGAGCACUGAAGGUGCUUCACUCACAUGGAUCAUUUCAUUAAUACAAAAAAGAACUUCUCAUGACCUACAACUGUACCUUUUUAGAAAAGUUUGAUUGAUUUCCACUUCUAAACAACCCUGAACUUUCCUGCUGUAUGUGCGUGUUGUAUUUGUCACUAUUUUCUAAACAUUAUCCAUGUAUGUGCUGUUAUUUUCCUCUACACACAUGCAGUUGAAUCCUGUGAUACCUUCUUAAUGUUGUAGAAAGUAGAAACCACACUAGAGAUGUACUGAGAAUUGGUGCUGCUGACAUUAAGUUCUCAUUUCAGACUUUGUUUGAAUGUCUUAAUUAUUCCCUUCGCAGGUGAACGAUGUCUAUUUAAAUGUGCCAUCCUCGUCAGUCAUAAAGUACUGUUGAUGUUGGAAAGUUACCUUAAAAAUUGCCAAAUUGAUAAUUUAUGUGUAAUUAGUGUUAUCAGGACAUGGUAAUCAAAAAACUUCCAAUAAAUGCCUUGUCUC